AUGCUGCUCUCUGCAUGGCCCAAAAUUUGGAUCGACGUGCAAGAGAUUGUCACCAACACGCUGGACGCAAAAGCAUCGUCUGCAGACGCUGCCGAAUUCAACAACAGUGACAAACAAGGCACAAAAGAUAGAACGCGCAAGGUCUUCCCGUCGUCCUUGCGAGCUUGCGAUGCGUUUCCAGGUAUUCCUGAACAGAGGGUGUCCUGCGACGGCUUUUGA